UUUCUUUCCCACAAGUCCGGGAGCGUCGCGGAAGGGGUCACACGGCGGAAAUAGGCGGCUUUACGGCUUUAUCAGUGAUAAUGGCGGAGGAAAGGCGUAAUGACGAACAGCUCUCCGAUGAUGGAGGACCGGAGGAGAGGGGAGGCAGUGUCAAAACUAAGACUGUCUCUUCCAGCAAUGGAGGGGGGGUUGCAGGGAAGCGAUCGGCCCGUGAGCCUGUGGGCCACCCGGUGCUGCCCAAAAUGUCCAAGAGUGGACAUGGGCUAACCAGCCUGUCUGCUAAGAAGCCUGCCCCUAUCUCCAUUAAGCUGGGUGCUAACAAACCGAAAGAGCCUGUCCCUGCUCUUCCUGCAAAGAAACCGGCAUUGGCCUCUGUGUUUAAUGAGGAUGAGGAUAGUGAACCAGAAGAGAUGCCUCCAGAGGCCAAAAUGAGGAUGAAGAACAUAGGCAGGGACACGCCCACUUCAGCUGGCCCCAACUCUUUCAACAAGGGCAAGCAUGGCUUCUCUGACCACCAGAAGCUUUGGGAGCGGAAACUUAAGUCCCAAGUUGAUAAAUAAAUUUAUCCAUAUUGUUGCUAGUUGAAGCAUGUUGGAGGGAGUCUGGGGCAGGGCAGAGAGUAUGUUUAGAGAAGAGUUUUUUUUUUUUUUUAUUUUAUUUUAUUUACUUUUUCAUGUAAAAUUAACUUCAAUUUGUUUGCGUCUACAGUAUAAAUUGUAUAUAUUUAACACAAUGUUAAUGUGCUAAGAGCAUUUUAUUAAUGUUCUGCUGAUUUAUGGCUGUGUAGCAUCAAGACUGAACAGUUCACCUGAAAGGACAUUUUCACAGCCCACUCAGAUACUGCUCAGAGCCUGAAGAUUGAUACUUCAUUAAAACACUGAGUUUCAAAACA